AUGCUUCGACAUGCUUUCAUGCUUGCUGCUUUCAUGCUUGCUGCUUUCACCGCAGUGCUAGCUUCGAGCUCGUCUUUCAACACCGUCCUCUCGCCAUGGAGGUUCAUCAACAGGCCCGACGGACUGCCUACUGCCCAUCUGAGCUCACGCCAACCCUAUCCCCAGCCCGUUCUCACUCUGCCCUACGUGCCGGGAAUCAUGGAUGUCACGUUAAAGCACUUCUGUCUCUGGUCGCAAUCCGUAAAUCCGUCCAACCCGAACGAGGCCAACAUCACGUACUCCGAGUUCCGCGUCAACGAUUCCGCGUGCCGAUCGUGCUGCGGCACCAGCUCGGGCUCGUUUCUCAAAGGCCGGGGAUGCCAUCAAGCGCCGUUCGCAAAGGCGCUCGAGAGCAGCGCCAUGACGGGCUGCGUGGCCGCGUAUGAGAACGCGUUCCAGGGCUGGUGGCUGGGGCAGUGGUUUAGGGACAUCAAGGGAGGCCGAGAUACGGCAUUCGGGGAGGGCCUGCCCAUCCUUGUGAAAGUCGAAGGUUUGGACUGCGCGUCCGUAAAGGAAGGAGAUCUGGUGAGUGCCAACGUGGUAGCAGACGGAGUUAGCAUCUGCCACGCUGACGACCCGGCUGUCAUCUCCCCUUCGGGGACGGAGAAGCGUUUGAUCCCUCCCUCCAUCGCCCAGCCCAUUUCAACGGACCCCUUCUCUCUCCUUCUCUUGCCCCUCGGAGACCUUCCCUCCGGAAACUUCACUCUCCGCGCUACCAUUGCCGGCGCUCCGCUCUCCGUCCGGCUCUGGGACAACGUCGGCGACGAUCUCGUCGUCGGCGCAAUCGAGCCCAACGCGGAGAACGGGAUCUCCGUAGCCUUCUCUGGGCCUGCGAUCGGCGUCGGUCUGAUGGUGACAACGAACAGUGCUGACGCGAGUCUCAACUGGGCGUUCGAGGGAGAGAUCAGGGAAAGCAACGGAGGCGACACGCCGACGACGGUGAUCGCGGAUGCUGGGAGCGGAACGCGCACGGCAUCGGCGGAGGGUGUAGGAACGACAUCGGUUUCGGACAUAUUGAGCAUGGGAACGACCCAGCCGCCAGUGUUGAGCUCCCCAACAACGACUGCGAGUUCUGAUAUCCAGCAGUCCAGCGACGCAACUGCGCUGUCGAGCCAUUUGGUGGAGAUGCUGGCGUAUUUGUGGGCUUGCGUUCUUAUAGUGUGGAAAUAA